UACCUCGCAGUUGUCGUGAUCUCCCGGAAGUGAAUUCAACGACGAAGAAGAACAAGCCCCGCCCCAGAGACGCGCUUCCGUGUUGGCGGAGCAGCUAGCUAGCUAGCUCGCUCGCUCGCCGGUAAGCCCUCGUCCCACCUAAUUGCGCAAUGAAAUAAUUAAACGGCAACUUGCCGAAGUUUAAAGGUGUUUUUCUUUAACGGAGCCAAAUGCGGAAUAAGCUCCGACGGCCAUGGAGGGUGAGCAACGCUAACUAGCGGCGUAUAAAUGAGUGGCUCCAAUCGCUACCAGCCACGAACAUGUUGGCGUGGCUCGCAUACUCGCAUGCACUGAAGACGCGACGUGAUUUGCACGUGAGCUCGCUUCACCACACUUUGCCGGCUCACUCGCUCGACUCCGUCCGAUGGAGGUGACGCGUUGCUCGGCUCAGCCAACAAGAUGACGCGCCGCCCGAGCCGGCGGAUGCUUGUGCCCUUGUGUGCAGCCUUAGGCCCGACAUGGACGCCCGCUCGCCGGAGUGCCCCAUCCUGGCCGAAAAGCGGCCGAGUAGGAAGCGCAAUGGACGCUGCUGUGCAGGACUCGUGAGCAUUUUGCACAAGAUCUUCACCGACCACAACACGCUCAACAUUCAAUCCGUCAGCCGCCUGGAAUGUGCUGGUUCCUGUCCCAAUCUGAUGAUGAGUAGGAGAGACGUGGCGGACGUGGCGCCCGCCCCCAGCGGGGCCGUCACCCCUCAGCUGCCCCACCGGGCCCAUCACCACCGGCCCCUUUGCAUGUCGGUGUCGUCCGACAGCAGCGGACGCUUCAAAGCUCUCGACACGCAGGAGUGGAAGAACAACCUCAAAGCUCAGAUGGACCAGGCCCACAGCGCAGGUGCGAGCAGCAGUACGGGCUCCCUGGAGCGGGCGUCCCUCUUCUGUGCCCCGGGGGGCCCGUCCAAGGCGGCCGGGCGCUUCUCGCUCUUCUCUGCACCGUGGAACGUCAGCUCCGAAUCGGACUCCAACCCGACGUCUCGGUCCGGCUCCAAGAAACUACGCAACUACAAUCGGCGGACGGCCACGGGCCCAGCCGGAGUCCCCGAGCCGCCCCGAGGGGAGGUCGGGGGCUGCGAGGGGGCCCCACGGCAUUUUGAGCCGGUCAUCUCCAAGGUGACAGACUACAUCUACGUGGGCAACCUGAACGCGGCCUAUAACGGGCGGGCGCUCUGCCGCAACAACAUCGACUGCAUCAUCGACAUGAGCAGCGCCCCGGGCCAGGCGCCGCCCACUCUCAGCCUCAUCCCUUGCACGUGCUCGCGGGGGGCCCGCCACAGCUGGUCCCGCCUCAAGGUGGACAUCGGCGACUUCAAGCAGCGCUGCUUCGAGGACAUCAACGAGUGCAUCCACGCCUCGGCUGGCAAACGCAAGCGGGUUCUGGUCCACUGUGGGGAUGGCUUCUCACUGGCGCCCACCUGCAUCAUCCAGUACCUGAUGCUCAAACGCAACAUGAGGCUCAUGGCGGCGUACGAGCUCCUCAGAGCGAAAUAUCCCGUCAAUAUCCGUGAGUGUCAUCGCAACCUGCUGGUCAGCCUGGAGAGGACGCUCAGGCCCGGGGACGUCGAUUCGGAGAGCUUCAAGCAGGCCAUAUCCAGGAAGGUGGCCUGGACCUGACUCGCCCUGAGCCAGAUCGCCAAAAAGUUCUCGUGUCAUCCCGCCUGAACUUCACUGCAACGUCUAAGCAGAUGUUCGAGACCUGGUUCUGAUUCCCCAGAUGUGCUUCUGUGACCGUGUGGUGUGUCUUGGACCUCCACUUGAUAUUUGUGUAAAACUCUUUAAUUGACACUAACGUGGUUCUAGUACCAGGUGGUCCGGCUAUGUCUUGUGGAUGGCCAUCCAGUUGAUCUUCUAAGAGUGAUCCCUCCCUAAGAAUUGUUUUUUUUAGCUCCAUCCCAACAGCUCAAGAGAUGAGUGAAACCUGGUUCUGGUUCCAGAGGUGUGCUUCUGCUACCACAUGGUAGCUCCGUCACACAUCUCAGGAGAUGUGUAACAUUAGUCCCAGGUGGUGUCUCGUAAACCUCCAUUUGCUCUUUUCUGAGUGUUCCCUCCCUCAGAAUUGUCUUUUACUUCAACACAGUAUCUCAGGAGAUGUUCGAGACCUGGUCCUAGUUCUGGAGAUGUGUUAUCGCAUGGAUGGACAUCCAGUUGAUCUUUUGUUCCAGCAGUGUCUUGUGGAUGUACUUCCAGUUAAUCUUUUAUGAGUGUUCCCUCCCUAAGAAUUGUUUUGUAGCUCCAUCACCACAUCGCAGUAGGUGUGUGAAAGUAGUUUCUGAUACCAGGUGGUGUCUCGCAGACCUCCAAUUUGAUCUUUUGGAAGUGGUUUCUCCUGAAGAAUUAGUUUUUUUUUAAAUUCCAUCCCAACAUCUCAAGACAAGUGAAACCUCCUCCUGUUUCCAGAUAUGUGCUUCUGGUAACAGGUGGUGUCUCAUGGACCUCCAGUUGAUCUUUUGUGAGUGUUCCCUCCCUAAGACUUCCAUCCAUCACAAUAUCUCAGGAGAUUUGUGUUAGACCUGGUUCUGAUUCUAGAGAUGAGCCAAUGAUGAUCUCCAACUCUAGAACCACAUCUCAGGAGAUGUGGUUGUGGUACCAGGCGGGCCAAUUCAGUGCAAUGUCUCGUGCAUCGAGCCUCCAGUCGAUCCUCUCCAAGAACUCUGGUUUUAUCUUCCUGAUUCUCUGUAAGGUGUUUGUGUGGAUGUUCUGAUCCGAUGUAGCGGUACUCGUCUGCUGCUGAACAACAACGUGGACACUCGCACAUGCUGAGCUGUCCUCUGUGAGGAAGAACACUUGCUAAGUUCUGUUGUGCACCGUUCGGACCUCUGAACUAUUUGAUUUGAUCAGAGUUGUUUAAUGUGAAUAUUGUUAAUGUUUUCUGGUGAUUUGAAAGGAGUUUCUGAAAUUCUUGUGCUUUACCAUAGCAAAAUUUUGUUUUGAUUUGAUUUGGCACCACGCUAAAAUACAAAACGACGAAAAUAGUUACUGUGUCUCGAAUGCCGCGGAGAUGAUUUCUCGUGAUUGGUCCGUUUUAGGUUCACAUGCUGUGAUGACGUACUCAGCGUGCCCCUUGGUUCUACAUGCCAUCUACGCUGGCGCCUUCUCGAUCGAUUUUGCAGCAUCAUUAAACGUAUCAUCUGGUCAUCUAGGUCCAUUUGUUCUGCAGACACUGUUCCACGGUCGCCAUUGUUGUUGCUUUGUUCCUUGUUACUGAAAGGAAAGUAAAAACGGCUACCGGAAAUGGCCCAAAAAUGCGUUUUCAUUCACUUUCAAAGUGCAACUUCAGAUUAACAUUUUUUUCAGUGAAUAUUCCAACUUCAGUCUCUUUUUAACACAUUUUCUGGUAAUAUUUAUUUUCGUAAAAUAAAAAAAAACAACUUCUGGUACUAGUCCAUAUUUUUCUGUAAGAUACAAUUUAUAAUGCUAAUAUCCUUGUAUCUGGUAAUCCUGAUAUUUCAACUUCAAUAUGAUGACGUUUUUAUGGUAACAUUGCGCCUUUUAUUCAUUUUUCUAAUGCAUUUUUUCACUUUUUUUCUGUCUACUUAAUACUCCCUUCCAUAAAUUGCUAACAUAAAAUAAACCAAAUAAAAUGGGAAUUUGGGUUGAAAGUGUAAACAUGAAGACACUUAUUUAAAUGGAAACUUUAAAUUCUUUUAAAGUCAAAAUAAUGCUUCAGUUUUGACAAUUGUGACAUUAAAACAAUUGAAUCAUCAUUUACAGUCGUGCUCACCAUUAUUAGUACCCAUGAAGUUGAAGUACUAAAUGUGGACGAUCUCCUGAAGAAAAUGAAUCAAGUGAAAUCUUUUUUUCCUAUAGAGAACUUGUAUUUGAUACAAAAGAGCAAAUGAUAACAUUUUCUGGGCAGAUGAAAUUAAAAUAGAGCUUUUCAGCAAUACACACAAACAGUAUGUUUACAGACUCCGCAAUGAAGCCUUUAAGGAAAAUAAACAGUCAAGCAUGGUGGACGAUCCAUCAUGCUGUGGGGCUGCUUUCCCACAUCUGGUACUGGAGGCCUUGACUGUGUCACAGAAAAAUAGAGAUUUUGGAGGGAAAUGUCUUACCCAGUGUAAGCGAACUUUGUUUGAAGUGAAGAUCAUGGGUCCUCCAGCAAGAAAAAAAGACCCAAAGCCCACAUCCAAAAGCAUGCAGGAAAGAUUGAAAAGGAAAACAAAUGCACUGUUUUAAAAUGGCCAGCAAUGAGUCCUGAUCUCAAACCGAUUGAGAAUCUUUGGUGGGAGCUGGAAUGUGAAAAAGAACUAUCCAAAUUGCAAAGGAAGAGUGGGGGGAAAUACUACCUGUUAAGUGCAAAAAGCUUCCAGAUGGAUGCGAGAAAUGUUUGGAGGCUGUCAUCGCUGCCAAAGGGUGUGCAAGCAAAUAUUGAGAGCUGCCAAAAAUUGCUGCACAUGCGGUUUUCUGUUUUUUUUUCUUUUAAUCUAAGUUGGGGGGGGGAAAAAAGAUCUCCAUUUAAAAGAUGUUUGGUACAUUUCCAUUUAUUAUUAAGCUACUGUACAGUUUAUGCAAAAAUAAAAAAUGAAGGGGUGCCAAUAUUGGUGAGCACAACUGUACGAGGCUAGCCGAUAUUUAGCAACCAACCAAAAACUUUCUGAUCAACAGGAACUCUUUCGUUAAGUUUCCCAUUUCAGUUAGGCUCCAAAUGUACAGCACACAAGCUAGCUUCCAAAUGCAGUUUGUUACAAGUAUGACAAAACUGCUAACAUUUUUUUAAGUUGUCAGGAGUCAACUUUAUGCCACCAUAUGUCAAACCUUUUACAAUAUAUGCAAAUAUUUACAAAAUUGAUCAUUUCAACCGUGGCAACAGGAUGCUAACAUCGGUUGAAGGGGCUAGUGGUGGCUAUGCUACCAGUGUGAAAACAAUGCGGCUUCUUGGUUGGGUUUGUGAUGUGACAUUUGCACCUUUUCUCGAUAUGUGCUGUCAAAGUUGACUUUACAUUUUUGGGGUACAAUCGUGAGCUUUUGUGGGCAGUGCCUGUAAUAUAUUAGCGCUUUUUUUUGUUGUUUUCUGGGUCGGCGCCAACGUCUUUGGUGAAGGUGAAAGUGAAUGUGGUUCUCCUCAAUGUUCUCAGGUGAUUCCUCCGUGGUCAGGCCACAUUUGUACUGUUCAUUAAUUAAAAGCUGACGUUAACAUUU